GCGCAGGACAAAUCGAUAAGGACUGUACAAUUUUUUUUUCAACACUCAUAUCUAGAUUCAAGUGUUUUUUGGAAGUGAAAGCAUAACUUCCGUUUUAUCUUCUUUAUUUUUUACGUUACCACCUUAAAUAAAAUAGACGAAAUAGCCAAAAAAUCAUAAGUAAUCCCCAAAAAUUCAUUCACGUGCCAAUAAAAAGUGCGAAACAUACGAAAUUUUACGUGAAAUUGAAGAUUUUUUUUUGCCAAAGUCCUCUGUCAUUGACUUUUGCAUUAUAUACGAACUAUUCGCCCUUUAGCUCUUUUUUUUUUACUCCUAAAACUCCAAAUCUUUUGCCCUUUUUCCCUUAAAUUUUCAUCUUCAAUUUUUGGAAGGAUAUAUUGUGCAAAAAAAAAGUGCUUUGUUACAUUAAAUGUGCCCUAUGUUGCUAAGCGUAUCCUAUCUUUACUAAAUCGGCUUUUCUUUAUGUAAAAGCUUUUUACGGAGGUGCUCCAUUGAUGAAUUUCAGCGAAUUUAAAUUUUAAUGCCAAAUAUUUUUCCUUGCGUCGAAUGCAAGACUUUUAAAAGAAAAUUGUGCCAAAACGCUUCUGAAUUAGUUUAAAAAAAAAGGAGAAAAGAUAAAAUUAAAUAGGGUGAAAAAUGUUGCUAGAAAACCAACAAAGGGUGUAAAGGAGAAGUGAAAAUUUACAACAAAGAAGUUCCCCAAAAGGAAUGAUGAAUGACGCAAACCGAGAGAUCUGUUCACGUUGUCAUUGUCGAAAAAUUCCCCAGAAGAACCAUGACCCAGAAUGGGACUCGUGGGAAACGUUCGGUGCUCAAGAGGCGCCUCGUAGUGUGUCUCAAAAUUAUCCUGGCCAUCACAGUGUUCAGCCUCUAUGUGGUGGUUCUGCUGCGCGAAUCACUCCAGGCAAUUGAGGAGAAUAAAUCUCGUUGGACAUCGCGUGUCCCCAAGACUUCACAUCAUCGCAAUACCGGAAAGCAUCUCAUUCAUCAUGCUUGGAAAAAUUCCACAAACCACACGGCGCCACCACGUCCAUCAAAACCCACCACCCUUAAUCCCAUCUAUGAAUACUCCGAGGAAGUAAAUGCAGCCGCUGAAAGGGAUUUUGCAGAGAGGAAAAAUCAUCUGUGGGACAUGUGUAUUCGUCGUGGAAUGGUGGGUGUCUAUCCGCCAAAUGCAUGGGAAUUCUUCAUCUCACCAGGACACGGAUUAGCAUGGUGCAAUGUCUUCAAAGCCGCUAGUAGCUCAUGGAUGUACUACUUCAAUAUUUUAGGUGGUUACAAUCUGGCAUAUCUGCAAAGGACGAAAACAUCCCCUCUAGAAUUGGCACGACAACGAUUUCCGCGACCAACGUUGCCAGAAUUAGCUGAUGCUCUGGCCAAUUCCAUCUCAUUCCUCAUUGUACGUGAACCAUUUGAGAGAUUACUUUCGGCAUACAGGAACAAAAUUGAGGGUUUCCGCAACAAGUACUACAAACUUUUGGCUGAGCAAAUUGUUAAAAAGUACCGCAAAACACCAAAAAUGAAGGAUUCACCAGCAGGACCAACAUUCAAGGAAUUUCUCACGUAUCUAAUCCACCACUACAAAUCCGGUAAUCGUUUCGACGAGCACUGGAGCCCUAUUUAUAGUUUUUGCACACCAUGUAGCAUCAAUUACACCCUUAUUGCCAAAGUGGAGACCUUUCAGCGUGAUACGGAGUAUAUAAUAAGGCAAGCGGGAUUAGAAACACUUCUACUAAAUAAAUUACCCAAUAAGAAGGUACGUGCCAUAUCCAAUCGAUCAACAAGUGACACCCGUCACCUCAUACCCAAAUACUUUGGCCAAAUUGAUGCCCAAACCCUGGACCAAAUAAUCGAAAUUUAUGAACCAGACUUUGAAUUCUUUGGAUACAACUUCACCAAAUAUUAUGAGCUCAUCGAACAAAAUUAGAAAAAAAAAUGGA